AAGUCCUUCACAGAUAGCGCUGUGCAGAUAAAUAAAGAAGAGGAGUAAAAAAAGCAACAUGAAAAGCAGGUUUUCAUGAUAUUUAUGCGCAUAUGUUGCUUAAUCCAAAAUUCAUACAGCUGCAGUCGAAUAGAAGCAGAUCAAUGCCACAGGAAGAUAAUGCUCAAGGAAACCUCGUUCCCUAAUUAUUUUUUCUGGCGAGGACAGAAGAGUUGACGAAAUCGACCUUGUAUCACAGUCCUGAACUGCUAUUUGCGCUCAAAAGAAUGCGUUUUUUUCAAAAAGCCACAGCUUCUCCGCUCAGCAUCAUAAAGAAUUUCUGCAAGGCAUUGAAGAUAUUCUUUACUCAGUACUUCAUAAUCACUUCAACACUUCAAUCGGCACUUUCCCUUCUCCAUUCUCCAGUAAUGGUUGGAUUCCUCAAGGGUCGAGAAUACGAGGAUGCAUGGAGUGAACAGGCGUCGUGGCGUUAUCAUGUACCCACGCACAUUUUCUACGCGUCGCGGUGUUGAUACGUAUAAAAUGUCGAUGAGCGAGAUUUUCGGCUCUCUGUUACGCGCCGGCCGUCGCGAUGCCGUGGACGACAACACGUCAACGAUGUCGGGUCUUUGUCGCGAUAAUCGCUCUGAACUGUUGCUUCUGGCUGGCAAAAGCGUUUGGCAAGACCGAUGACAAUCCGGACAUUUUACUCUUAACGCCCGAAUUAGUGAGAAGAUACGGAUAUCCUUUGGAUAUUCACGAUAUCAUCACGGAAGAUGGCUACACCUUGCAAUUGCAUCGAAUACCGUACGGCCGUAAUAAAAAUAAAAAAGCGCAAUCGGAGACAAGAUCGCCAAUACUUUUGGUGCAUGGUCUGGUAGGCAGUUCCGCCGAUUGGGUCCUUACGGGCCCUGAAAAAUCAUUAGCAUACAUUUUAGCCGAUGCGGGCUAUGACGUGUGGCUAGGAAAUAACAGAGGUAACAUUUACUCGAGAAACCAUACCUCGCUGUCGCCAACAGAUCGAGCUUUCUGGGAUUUCAGUUAUCACGAGUUCGGCAUCUACGAUCUUCCUGCGAUGGUCGAUCACGUUUUACACACGACGGGACACGAUAAAAUCUUCUAUGGCGGUCAUUCAGAAGGCACUACGCAAUUCUGGGUAAUGACAUCGGAGAAGCCUGAAUACAAUUCGAAGAUCGCUUUGAUGAUAGGCCUUGCACCUGCGGCUUUUAUGGGCAACAUUCGCGGACCGAUAAGGAAACUCGCCAAGUUAACGUAUCUCGGCGUAUGGGUUGGCGAGACUUUCGGUUAUCCGGAACUUCGUUCUCGAUCCACCUGGGGGAAAUUCGUAUUGAGUCUAUUCUGUCAGAAUAUGGUGAACGCACAAUUCUUCUGCAGCAAUCUGUUGUUUCUGGUUGCGGGAAUUAAUCGUGAAGAAUUAAAUACGAAGGAUUUGACAGUUAUCUUAACCCAUUUACCCGCUGGAGCUUCCUGGAAACAAGUAGUGCAUUAUGGUCAAGGAUAUAUUGAUCCAGGACAAUUCAGACAGUUCAACUACGGCGAGGACAAGAAUCUCCGGAUGUACAAUUCGACGAUACCACCUGCUUACCAAUUAGAAAGAAUCACAACGCCGAUCGCUCUCUUCAGCAGCGAUAACGAUUGGCUGGCAACUACAAAGGAUGUGGAACUCUUGUCCGCGAGGCUCAACAAUGUCGUGUUUCAUCACAACGUUCCCAUAAGCAUUCCUUUUAAUCACUAUGAUUUUUUGUGGGGAAAGUCCUCUUGGCAGCAGGUAUUCGAACCUAUCCUGCGACUGCUUACUCAAUAUCAAUAGCGGCAUCUUUCCUAGAUUAUGAGGAAAAGGGUGAGAAAGAAUACAAUAAAAAUGUGUAAUGAAUCGGUCUAAUUUAUUGUUGUUACUAUUAGUAUCAUUGUAUAGUACGUUGCGUUUACAUAUAUAGUCUGCACUCGUCUAACUUCACUUCCGCCGCACUGCGUCGCGGAUUCUAUCCGCGUCUUCAACGCGAAGCGUGACAUCGCUAGUCUCCCGAUUAUUAAUACCCCCGUCUUUCUCGCUCUAUGUACAUUUAUACAAACUCUCUAGCAUAAAUCAACCUGCGAUCGCCGCGUAAGAAACUACAUUCGCGAUCGUAAUUCCGCGCGGUCGCAUCUCGUGCGGUGCCGCCGGUAUAAUUAUAAACUUAUACUUUUUUUUUUCUUUCUCUGUAAUCGCACUUGAGCAGCGUCCGGGAAAAAGAUACUUUAUCUUCGCUUUGAAUACUGUCCUGGUGAAGUACAGUACGCCUAUUCUGGAAGAAACAGACACUUCGCCUCUCGCGGCUGAUGCUUUAAACGAUUGAUCUUGAGUUGCUUCGCGUAACAUCGUUUACUUUACCGUAAUUGUAAUUAUAUAUAGCCUAUGCUAACUUACAGUUGUAAUUGUUUAUUCAUAUCUUAUUAUGAUAAAUUACCCAUGCGGGAGUAUGAAUGGAGUCAGCUGGCGAGUUUCAGGAUCGGGUGCAACUUCGAAGCAAUAUUUUAGAUAAAUUGAAAAUAUUUUUGCAAUUAAUGAUAUCCUAUUCUUCGUUAAUUCAUUAGAAACGAUAAUAACAGACGAAUGCAAUUUUUCACACUUAAUCAAAAGCGUGAUUUAAAAUUUCUUUUACUUCGAAAUUUCAUAUCUGUUUAGAUUGGAGGUAAAAAUGAAAGCAAAUCGAUCGCACUUUGCUCGCCGAACUGACCGUAUAUAAUGUACAUAAUUGUAUAUCGCAUGAUAUGUAUUAGUUUAUGUUAGAAUAAGUCGGAUGGAAAUUGUCGGGAAGGCUUCCCGAGCGCGAUUUAUAUGAAACUUUUCCGUCUUCGAUAGCGGUGAAGCUUUAUCAUAAUUGAAUACAAACAGAAUUUCACCGUAUCGUUACGCCUGUAUUCACGUUUGCGGAUGAAAAAUUGCGCACAAACCAUAAUUGAUACUUGAGCUCACGUGUUGGCCACUCGAGGUUUGAAAACGAUUUCUAUUUUCGCAAGAAGAGAAGAAACACCCUGAUUAUAAUUUAGCGUCUACAAAGUUCAACGAUACGCAGUGUCUCGGGGAACGAAUUUUGACAACGUUAAUAUAACUAUAAAAUGUAUCGAUAAUAGAAUAACUGUCAUAAGUAUUUAUCAUUCGGUAAUACAAUAUAGUCUCAAGUAUUGUAACAAUCGUAAUUGAAUACUUUUAUUUUAACGAUUAAUUUAAGAUAAUAUCACGAUAGAGAAUAACGCUAUGCGCACUAAUGAAUGUAGUAGACUUAAGACUAAUGUACCUCUUCCACCACACCACGCGAUCGAGUGAUAGUGAUAUAUCCUUAAAAAGAUGUAGAUUAUGGUCAUUCCAAAUAAAAAAAAAAAAAAAAACUCUAAACAUCUUUUUUACAUUGAGCAUUUUCUAUCGUGUGAGCAUCUUCUACUUUGCUAGCUGAUCUUUCUAACUAACAGUUCGUUCCAAACGUGUAACGAAAAUUCAUAAAUCAUAAAUGUCUAUCAAUUGAUGUAAAUUCAUGUAAAAGAUAUUGUAUUAAAAUAAGGAAAGUGGGAUUUUGCGGGGAUGUAGUUUCUUUGACAACAAAAAUGAUGGGGGGGAUACAGCUUGUUCGUGUGCCGAGAAAUGAAUGUAACGGAGUCGCGUUUGUGGUGGAGCGAGAGGUGACUGAUUAAUUCCUUUGCACGUAGGGAUUGUUUUAUUUGUAACAUUUUAAAGGAACAGAAUCACACAUUUUCGUGCAUUCACGGAGAUAAACGCGGCUACUCGCGCGAGUAAUCCGCCGUUUCGCAUAACGUAUAUAAGAUGCAUUUCGAGAAGCAAUAUAAUUUCCAAUAUAGUUUCGGAGAACGCAAGAGACAAGCCUUAUAAAAAUACUAUCCAACGGCAAUAUAUAUGUGUAAUAACGUAUCGAUACAAUUUCAAAUACAUGCAAUUACGCAGUAAGUAAUUCUGAGGCCAUCGUUAAUAUGUCAUAGUAACAUACGCGUGGCAAUUUGUCGUCACGGACGAAGGAAGGCACCCGCGCAACCUCAUUAAUUCCGCGAAACAGGACGCAUUUAAUUAAUCCGCCGGCUCUCUUGAGUAACUUUCUUCUUGACCUCUCAGUGAAGACAAAGUGCGCCUCAUUUAUAUCUCAUUUAGAUCAAGUAACAAAUCCUAAAGUAUAAGCGUCCCUUCUGUUUUUUGAUAUCUUGUACUCUAUAUAACAAUUAAAUGCAACCACUUGUCAAAUUUAUCUAUAAAUAUUAUAUAUAUAUAAAGUUUUAUAUAUAAUUAAUAGUCAUCUUACUCUCCAUAUCAUUCCGUCAACGUUUGAAAUAAAAACAGUCUCAAUAUAUCGCCAAUUUACAAGUGGAAACAAUAUAUAUUAGAAUAUUGAUUUCUCUUUUACAAUUUUUCUUUUUUUUUUUUCAAUUAAUCAAUAUGCGCAUACAAGAUGUUCAAUAAAUAUAGAACAUUGUAUUGCCGAUCAAUGCAAGAGUGUGAAUUAAUUAAUUCAGAGCAUUGUAUGUAUGUAAGGAAAGUAAAAAAACAAAAAAAAAUACGAGCGUGGAAGAUUUAUUGGAAAGAAGGCAAAUAUGUAAUGAAAUACGGUCAACGUAAGUUUCAUAUAAUUAUAUGAUAGACUAACCGAGCAUUAAGAGUGAUGUGUGUGUGUGUGUGUGUUUUGUGUCUGAAAUUAAUUAUUGUACUAUAAUGUCACUAUCGACCUUUAUAGUUAAUUAAUAUAUUACAGAUACCUACAGUUCCGAUAUAUUUCUUCUUAAACUUCUGUUAUAUAGUCCGGCGCACGUGUAUCGCGCCGCCGAACAUCUUUUGACACUAUGUACAUGCAUAAAUAUAUUAUAUACACGUUGAGUACACAUAGCGGGAUGUCCCAAGAGAAUAACCAGUCGUCACUUUUGCGCUUUGUUGCAUAACGAAGGAAAAAAAAAAGAUGUAUAAAAUCAAAUCGGAUAGGGAAUUUGGGAUCUGUGAGUCGCGUCGAGUCGAGAAGAUAAAAGCGAGUCACGUGUCUACGGUCAUUAUCUUAGAAUCCCGAUGUGCAUAUUCAAAUCCGGCAUUCAGGUUGACAAACGUCAGACGAGAACGUAAGUAAGAGCUAUGGAUCUCAAUUCCUGGUCGAUACAUAUGUGAAAAUUAAAUUAUGCGGAAAAAAAUGUUUGUGUGUCUAUCAAUCUGACGUUGAUCAAUAAUACAUUCUUGGAAUUGUCAAUAAUACAUUGUCAGUCGCGAAACUGACUGCAUAUCUCUUUCUCUCUCUCUCUCUCUCUCUCUCUCUCUCUCUCUCUCUCUCUCUCUCUCUCUCACGCGCGUGAUCUGUAAAAAAUCACACAUACCGGAAAGUACGAAGAUGAUUGACUCUCUUACGCGCUAUUUCCCUAGAUAUAUACUUCAUACAAUAUCUGCUCGCGUGGAGCUAAUAAUUUCCUCCCGUACUUUCGGAACGUAUUUGGGAUAUCAGAGGCUCUCGAAUAUGAGACAACUGAAAAUUCACGUGAUAUAUUGACAACACGUCGCGCCAAAUUAUAAAUGAAGUUUCAACACAAAUGCGCCGGACACGUUGUUGCGGAAUACGUAUCUCUUAGUUCGUUUCGGAAUUCGAGACCCUCGGAUAUCGAGGUAUAAAUAGCUAUGUAACAUUUCUCCUUUUUGUAAAUGCGUCAUACGACAGAAGCGUACGAAUGGGUAAUUCAAAAAACGGUGGAAAUUUAAGCAAUGUAAGUCUCGACCUGCCGUACCCGUUGAAAUACAGCUGAAACUCGUCUUAGUCUUUAAAAAAAAAUAUAUAUAUAUAUAUAAAGCAUGGAAAUGUAUUCCGUCGCAAUUUUGCAUCGCUGUGCCGCACGCUAAAACUUGUAAACGGAGCACGGUGUAACGCGCGAUUAAUCGAGCGCAAGAGACGUUAUCGAUUUCAAUCUACGCGCUUUUUCCAAACGUUUCCAUCCGUUAAUCCGACACUAUCGAUCGCGAAAACUCUGAAAAUUGCGCGUGCUCCGCUCGCGAAGAGACAAUAUAUUCGCCGGAAGGUAUAUAGACUUUAACGGUACUCGAGCGUCUGCCCUAAAUAAUAAAUUCAAUCGCGGUAUACGGUGCCGAAAGUCAACAGUAUGCGAUUGUAUAUAGUGUAGCAUACUGCUCAAUGCUCGGCACGCUAAGGGUCUCUUUUAUCUAGAAUACUUUUACAGUUGUCCAUUAUCUAGACUCGUCCCUAUAAAAAAAUAGCGGAUCGACAGCAUCUGCUGCGUAGUUUAUACAAAAUAACAGCAGCCUUUGCAGCAAUAUAAGUUUGCAGCGAACAACACGUAUUCCAUUCAUUCGCUAUGUUACAGUAGGAAAAGUUCAUGUGCGAAGUAUUCUACGCGUACCGCAACAUUCUCGUGGAAAAGGAGACAACGGCGAAAAUAAGUACGAUUCGUACGGACAAAGUAAAGACGGGGGAAAGCAAGUUUCAAAAAAAAAAAA